UUGACAGCUCACCUGCCGCUGUACUACAGGGAAAAGACAAAGACUCAAAUUAGUGACUGUGAUGUCAUGGAGGGAGACAAUCAUCAAGACGGAGAGACAGAAGGAGUUAAGAUUUCUGAUAAUUCAUCUGAGAGCAAUCCAGCUGCGGACGCUCUACUGGGGAAUCACUUGCUUCCUGAUCUAGUGGUGAAAAGUGAUUGUCCUACGGUGAACAAAAUGCAAACUACUAAUUUGAACCUGUCAGAUGUUACAACAGAGGAGCCAGGCUGGGAUGAAGAUCCUCGACCCCAUCUUGAAACAGCGUUAGCGACAGAGGAGACAAGAACAUCGGAGUGUCAGAACGAUGUGUCCACCCAUCCGGCUGCCGAAGGGACAGAGAGUGAUCCUGUUGACACUGACCAGAGCGACUCUGGAGAGUUUGUUGUUGCAAUGCUGGCCAAGGCCAAGUUAGAGGAGCAAGGUAUAGGAGUAAAGGGGAGAUCAUCUCCUUUGUUGGAAGCUGGAAUCGAAGAGUCCCCGUCAUUCAAGUCUCACCGUGAUGAGGAUGUUACAGCUGACAGCUGGCGGCAGCACAGGAAGCACAUUUUUGUGCUGAGUGAAGCUGGCAAGCCCAUUUAUUCCCGAUACGGCAGCGAAGAGGCUCUUUCAUCCACAAUGGGAGUAAUGAUGGCGCUGGUGUCUUUUGUCCAAAGUGGAGAUAAUGUCAUCCGCUCAGUGUACUCAGAGGAGCACACUGUGGUGUUCCUACAGAAAGGGCCCCUGGUGUUGGUGUGUGUCUCCAGCAGUCGUCAGUCUGAGCAGCAGCUGCGUGAGGAGCUCCUUUACGUGUAUUACCAGAUUAUCAGUAUGCUCACCCAGGCCAGCAUAUCCCGCAUCUUUGAACACAAGAAAAACUAUGACCUGCGAAGACUCCUGGCUGGCUCCGAAAAGAUCCUGGACGGUCUUCUCAACCUGGUGGAUUCGGACCCGAGCUUCCUGCUCACAGCAGUGCAUUGCUUGCCUCUAGCCUCCUCUCUCAGGGACUCUCUCAGCCAGACCUUACAGAAAGCCAUCACGCCCAAUCUGGUUUUCUCCAUACUCAUCGCCAAGAACCAGCUGCUAACCAUCGUCCAAGAGAAAACCGUCAUUGAGGACUCAAGGCUGGAACCAGCAGACGUUCACCUCCUACUCAACCUCAUCGGAGCCUCCUCAGCCUUUCAGGCUGGGGAGAUCUGGACUCCAAUCUGCCUCCCACUGUUUAACCCAGACUGUUACUUUUAUGCGUACAUUUCCUACCUGGACCCUCCAGAAUGCACGGUCUGUUUGCUGCUGCUCUCGACUGACAAGGAGGCUUUCUACGCUGUAGCUGAGUGCAAGAGGAAGAUCGAGGAGGCCAUGGUGGCUCAGAACUCACUGAGCCUCAUUGCUAAAGCUCAGUUGUACAGCGUGAGCCAGGUUGGCGUCUCAGACCUCAGGCACUUCAUGUACAAGCCCUUCGAUGUUCCAGACAACUACCGUCAGCUCACUCAGUUCACCAGCCCAGAGAUGGAGGCUCCAUACAGCAGUGAGGAGGAGAAGAUGCGACUCUUGGAUCUUUAUCGCUAUAUGCACAGCCGUAUUCACAGCACCUCACGACCCCUGAAGCUCAUCUACCACGUUGCUGAGAGGGAAACUCUGCUAGCCUGGGUGACCAGUAAAUUUGAAUUGUACACCUGCUUCAGCCCUCUGGUGACAAAAACCUGUGCCAUCACUGCCAUCACUAAGCUGCUUAGAUGGAUAAAAAAAGAGGAGGAUCGUCUCUUCAUCAGAUACCCACCCAAGUAUUCAACUACUCCAAACCCCAGCAAGAGUUCAAAAAGCAGCAAAUCUGAGCAGCAAGACUCCACAGAUAAUGGCUAUUUAUCUCUUUUAUAGGACUUUCUGAGCUGCUGCAAUGCAACAAGAAUCUGUACACUGGUUCAGAUACUUUUCAACCUGUUUUCUGAGACUUUAUCAGGCUUGACCAACUGACUACUAGAUUUAAACACUAAUUUUUACACUACGGAGAAAUGAAAGCAUGUUGCGUCACUGCUUUCAUACAAAAAGUCAGGGUGAAGCAGCGCUAGUGCAUUUU